UCUCUCCUAGGGGGUCUGUAUUGUCAAACCAGACUCUAGGGGCUUUGGCCCCAAGGCGUGAAGGGGGUUAAGAAGGGAAAGCAUAAGAAGGGAAGCUGUUUUGGGGUGUGGGGCCUCCCCAGCCUCCCUCAAGGAAGACCACACAUGCAGGCAUCAGUCAGCUAUCCUUGCACUCAGUGAGGAUCUGCAAGGAGGACCCUCCCAAAUGGAGGGCAUGCUUAGAAGCUGCUCUAGAUUGGAGAAGAGGUGGCAAUGAUGAGGGGGAAAGGAGGAGAAAGGAAAGAAAAACCUAGUUUCACUCCUCCCCUUCUUCCAUGUCUCCUCAGGGUCCUGCAGUUCUGAGCUUGGGUUCCCUUUGCCUGGACACCAACCGAGCCCCCAACUGGACUGGACUUCAGACCCUCCUGCAGCAACUCCCUCCGCAGGACAUUGAUGAGCGCUACUGCCUGGCCCUUGGGGAGGAGGAGCGGGCCGAGCUGCGGCUCUUCUGUGCCAGGCGGAAGCAGGAAGCCCUGGGACAGGGGGUAGCCCGCCUGGUACUUCCCAAGCUUGAAGGACACACCUGUGAGAAGUGUAGGGAGCUGCUGAAGCCAGGGGAGUACGGAGUGUUUGCAGCCCAGGCAGGCGAACAGCGCUGCUGGCACCAGCCUUGCUUUGCCUGCCAGGCCUGUGGCCAGGCCCUGAUAAACCUCAUCUACUUCUACCAUGAUGGACAACUCUACUGUGGCCGUCAUCAUGCAGAGUUGCUGCGCCCGCGCUGCCCGGCUUGUGACCAGCUGAUCUUCUCCUGGCGCUGCACCGAGGCAGAGGGACAGCGCUGGCAUGAGAACCACUUCUGUUGCCAGGACUGCGCCGGGCCUCUGGGCGGGGGACGUUAUGCCCUGCCUGGGGGAAGCCCCUGCUGCCCCAGCUGCUUCGAGAACCGCUACUCGGAUGCAGGCUCGAGCUGGGCCGGGGCACUGGAAGGGCAGGCAUUCCUUGGGGAGACUGGACUCGACCGAACUGAAGGAAGGGACCAAGCCUCGGUGAACUCUGCAACCCUCUCCCGAACACUCCUUCUCGCUGCUGCCGGCGGUUCCAGCCUGCAAACUCAGAGGGGGCUGCCUGGAUCCAGUCCCCAGCAGGAGAACCGACCUGGGGACAAAGCGGAGGCACCCAAAGGGCAGGAGCAAUGCCGCCUGGAGACUAUUCGUGAUCCCAAGGACACCCCUUUCUCCACCUGCUCCUCCUCCUCUGACUCGGAACCUGAAGGAUUUUUCUUAGGCGAGCGCCUUCCCCAGUCCUGGAAGACACCCGGAAGCCUCCAAGCAGAGGACAGCAACGCCUCUAAGACGCACUGCACCAUGUGCUAGUGGCGCAGCUCAGAGAGGGGAUGUGAGUGGGAGGAAAGGGGUCUGUAAAGCGGGAGAACAAGGCUAGCCUCCCCCUAACAAUCCUAGACUGAGACGCAGUCAGGCGCACGCCCGCAAGAGGCGGCGAGG